AUGGCCUCCCUGAUCAUCCGCCAGGCGAAUGCGAAAGCUGUGUUUGCCCAUUUUAUGGUCACUAACUCAGAGAAUUACACACUUUCAAACUGGAACUCGGAUAUGACCAUGACCAAGGAUGCCCACAUCGAUGCAUUUGCCCUCAAUAUGGCAUGGAAAGAUGGCACCAACGAAGCUUCUGUGAAGAUGGCAUUCACCGCCGCCAAUACAGAUGUUGUGAUCGACAUGAUUCAGACUGCGAAAGAUCGGGUGACAGUCAAAGCGAAGACAAACUGUUUCUUAAUGCCAGACUGGUCUUCUGUCGGGGCUAAGCUAGCCGUCGCGUUAGCAAAUGGCGUGGCCGAUGGCUUGUUUAGUUGGUCUGCUUGGUCAUGGGGUAACCAGACUAUGGACACAUACGGCGAUGCCUCCUACCUACAGUACCUAGAUGGAAAGCCAUACAUGAUGGCUAUCUCUCCCUGGUUUUAUACCAAUCUUCCGGGGUAUAACAAGAACUGGCUUUGGAAGGGCGAUAGUCUUUGGUUUGAUCGGUGGCAACAGCUAUUCGCACUUGAUCCAAUGCCUGAAUUUGUCCAAAUCAUUUCUUGGAAUGACUAUGGCGAAUGCCACCAUAUCGGUCCGGUAAUCGGGAAAUCGAUGGCGGCAUUCGAGAUUGGCGAGUCGAACUAUAACUACGCAAUGGAUUAUCCACAUGAUGACUGGCGUGAAGUGCUGCCCUUUAUGAUUGAUUUAUACAAAACUGGAAAAUCAAGCAUGACAGACGACAAGGUUGUCUUCUGGUACCGUCCAAACCUAGUAUCUGCUUGUGCUACUGGCGGUACAACAGUCAGCACCGCCUCUCAAUUGCAGAUCGAGUUUGAACCGGUCAAUGUAUUGGAAGACCGGAUCUUUGUCAUGGCUUUGCUUCAGGAUGGGAACCAUGGGGUAAUAGUCGAUGUUAACGCAGAUGCUGGCGUCCUCGAGUGGGACUCCCGGCCGGAUGACGAGCUUGGACCUGGUCUUCGGUUCGGAAGCUACCCAGCAAGCCCUGGCAAAGUUAAGAUCACUCUGUAUAAAGGCGAUGUUGAGAGUGCCUCAGCCGUGGGUUGGGAGAUCUCUUCUCGUUGUGGAAAAGACAUCAACAACUACAAUGCAUGGGUGGGAAGCCUGACAGGGAAAUUCCAGACGGCCGGGUCCUAUAACACUGAGGUGGACCUAGCAGAUCAGGACGAUGUCGAUACUAGCGGCGUGAAAAUCCCCCCAAACCUGAUUUGGGCGACGGAUCCAACCGGGGCUCAGUGCGAUGCUAGCCAAAGAAAAAUAAUCGGAACAGAGUUUGGAUACGCAAUUGAAACGGUUCAAGCGGCACAGAAGUAUCUGCAGACGGGAGAAUAUUAUCAAACAUUCUUUGCGCCAAGUGUUCGAGCUCGACCGAACUUUGCCAAAGAAGCAGUCGCGGUCUACAGACGCAUUGAGGAAAUGCUCGAUGGAACAGCAAAUUUUAAGGUCAAGAUUACCUGUCAUUACACAAAUAACUUUCGCGAUAGAAAAGAUCUUGCCACUAUGAAUGCAUUACACAAAACAGUGAACAUCUGUGAGAGAUUCUUUCGAAGCGAGAAGAUGGCACCUACCAGUGAAAGAAUCGCUCAGAUUCCUCCCACUAUCUUGGAAGCUCACCAUUCGCUCUCAACCAUUAUCGUGCAUGAAAUGACUCACACCAAAGCUGCAUUUCUUCCGCCGUCCGAUAAAAGUACCUUCAAUGGCAGAGAUUUCAUAGCCAGAGACUUUACAUAUGGCCCAGAUGGCUCAGAUGGACUUUGUUCGCGCGAACUGUCAGGAGAGAAUGCCGACAAUUGGGCCUUGAUCACAGCUGGUAUUUAUUUCAGUUGGAAGUGCAAGACGACCAUACCAAUCCCAUCCACCGGUCCCUCCACAACUGAUGCUGGGUGCACGCAAUACAACGACGUUAUAAUUGAUCAAAACGAUGGAGAUGGGUUUGAGCCCACGGGGAUGGUUUCAUUUGGUGAUUCCUUCGCUGCGGGCAUGGGAACCGCCAAGGCAACGGGCGACAAAUGCCGUGUUGGUUCAAACAACUAUGGAACACUGUUGAACAAAUACUUGGGAGAGGAAAUACCCUUUGAGAGGAAGGUGUGCUCGGGCGAUACAACAACUGGGCUUGAACGUCAGAUCAAGGAAUGGAAGAGCCAAUCCACUGCGAGCUUUGCCACUUUGACUAUGGGAGGUAACGACAUUGGUUUCAGCGAUAUUGCAUUGUCCUGUGUUGUGCAACCUUGGAGUUUGAGAUCACUCGGCAAAUAUCGAGAACUAUGUCUUGAGUCCGAGCAUAAAGCUGGCAGUCUUUUGAAUGAUCAAGGGGAAACCGGCCUGCGACACAAGCUCAAAACGCUCUACAAGAGUAUCCUCGACAAAGCAGAGAAAACAGAAUUCAAUCUAUUUGUCACUGGCUAUAUCGGAUUCUUCAACCAGGAUACCAUUGACUGUGACCAGAGCUCCUUCGAUUAUUGGAAGUCUGACUACCAACCUUCCGGUAAUCGUGUUAUGCUCACGCGUGACCUACGCACAGAACUCAACGUUCUAGUUGGUCAAUUAAACAACAUGAUUGAAGACGCUGUCAGAGACGCCAACGCUAAAGCCAAAACAACCCAGGUCCACUAUGUCGAUGUGCAGAAGAGGUUCGACUCACACCGCUGGUGUGAACAAGGCUCUUGGCACGAGCCUGAUUCUAGUGUCCCAAGCACAUAUUUCUUCCUGAGCUCUUGGCCAGAUCUUCCCUUGGAGAACGAAGUUGCCCAGUCGUCCAACUCCGAUGAUAUGGCUGCUCUGAUGCAGGCAGGGUCCAUCAAUCUCCCGAACUCCUCAAAUUGCAACGCAUCACUAGGCUCUGAUCCAGACCCGUAUGUAAAGUGGUUGUGUAUGGUCUCUGUGGAGAUAGAUGCGAAUCCAAAUGGUGAAUGGGCCCAGGAUUAUGCGAAGGCCACACAGGGUAUUGCGAACGGGAAUGUGAAUGUUAAGGAGAUUAACAUGUUCUACCCUACCUCACAGAUCAAAGCCUUCCAUCCGCGCAGUCCUAGUAUGGCAUUAUACCGUGAUGCUAUCCUGGAAAAAAUCGACGCCGUGUAUGAACCUAAAUAG